AUCGACCCCUGGGUUGUUUCAAUCUUGGGGAUCCUUACAGUCGCUUAAUGACAACAAAAUACAGAAGUCUACACGAUCCCCACUUGCGUUCCUACUACAUGCGCAAAGAUAACCUACGGAAAUUGAAAAAAGGAGGUUACAUCACCCAUGACAAUAAAGUAAUAUGCACACUAAAGGAAUUCAAUGAAUACAGACAGUAUCUGACCACCCUCAAGAUAGAGUCUGAAAACAAUUAUAUCAGAGAACAAAAAGCAUUGGCAAAACAAGUGACCACAUUACAAGAGCCCAGUGAGCUUCCAGAAGGGGCUGACACCUCUCAUCUUAGGCAGUGGCUGCUACAAGAAGAAAGACAAGGUUUCCAAGACCAGGAGAAUCUGAUGAGCAACAGAAGAGAGUAUUGCUAG